AUGGCACUGUUUCUCCGCCUGGUGCUGGCUCUGUCCCUGCUGAGCUCCAAUCGGGCCGCUCCACCGAGAGUCCUGGAUGUGGACACAUUCGACCUGGAGAAUUACGACCUGGACGGGGAGACGGACUGGGAGAAUAUUGAUCUGAACAAUUACGGCGAGACCUACGACUACGAUGAUCUGGACCAGCCGCUGAUUGAAGUGGGAACAGUGGCGCCACCUCCAGCCGUAAUGGUGCCAGCGCAGAAUAUUCCUCCCGCUGAAUACAUAGAGGAGGUCACUCUGCCCCCCCGGCCCACCCAAGCCCCCGCCCCGCCCAGGCUGGACUUCCAGGGCCCAGGGCUUUUCGGUCCUGAGACUGGAUUGGAGGGCCUGCCCACCUGUCUGCUGUGUGUGUGUGUCAGCACCAGUGUGUACUGCGAUGACUCAGACGUCCAAUCCAUCCCACCCCUGCCCAAGGAGACCGCCUACUUCUACGCCCGGUUCAACAAGAUCAAGCACAUCAAGGCCAAGGACUUCGCCAACCUGAACCGGCUGAAGAGGAUCGAUCUGACGGGGAAUCAGAUUGUGGAGAUUGACCAGGACGCAUUCCGGGCCUUGUCUGGGCUGGAAGACCUGCUGUUAGCAGAGAACCAGCUCCGAAGCCUGCCCGAGUUGCCCGUCACCCUCAAGCACAUCGACGCCAAACACAAUCAGCUGGAGACCGGCGGUUUGCAUCAGGAGGCCUUCAAGGAUAUGUCUCGGCUGGAGUUCCUGUACCUGUCCCACAACCGGCUGGACUACGUCCCCACUCCCCUGCCUGAGAGCCUGCGGGUGCUGCAUCUGCAGUACAACAACAUCCAGAGCCUGCAUGAGGACACCUUCUGCGACCGCCACAACCCCAACUAUAUACGUCGCCCCCUAGAGGACAUCCGGCUCGACGGCAACCCCAUCGUCCUCAGCCGCUUCGCCACGUCGUACGUCUGUCUGCCGCGUCUGCCCGUGGGCCGCAUGCGCUGAGGGGCCCUGGGCCAAAAUACGGGGCCCCCCAGGUCCCUGUAACCCACCCCACCCCCCCCCUCAUCAAGCCUCUGUCCUCACCGAUGGUUUUAGAAUAGAUUAUGAGUAAUUCUGUAUUUUUAGCAAAGUUUUGUUCUUUCCGCCUUCCUGACGUACUGAUACUGACACCACGUCCACUACAUCCAGCCUCAUAUCGCUGUGCCUGUGCCGUUCAUGUUUAUUACCUCCAAGGAAAGGCUUUAAUUCACUCAUGGUGCCAUAUGCAGACGCGUGUAUGUGUCUAAGGAUAGCUGUGAGUAACAUACAUAAGUCACAUGUUUACAUUACAUUACAUUAUUGGCAUUUGGCAGACGCUCUUAUCCAGAGCGACGUACAACAAAGUGCAUACCCAUAACCAGGGAUAAGUUCGCUGAAAGACCCUAGAGGGAAGUACAAUUUCAACUGCUACCUGUACAAAGAUAAGGACAAGGGCCAUUUUUUUGAGCCAUGAGUGUGUCAGCCAUGAAUCCUAAAUGUGGCCAAUCUGAUCAAUACGGAAAGCAUUUUCUUUUCAGUAGACAGACAUUUAAGAUUUGUAUUGUUUUUGUUGUCUGUCGAGUGAAUUAAAAUGGACAUGUUGAGCUCACAUGCAAUAGCUACAUUUCACCACACAGUGGCAGGCUUUCCCCAGUUUUCUUUAAUGCAUAUAUCUCUCUCGCUCUCUCUCUCUCUCUCUCUCUCUCUCUCUCUGCAAAGAGAUUGCAAAGCUCUAUGGAAAGAUCAUUCGUAAAGUGAAGACUCGCAUGUGACUUUAAAUGGCAAUGACAGUGGUAAAUAUUCUCCUGUUCUCUCUUGCACAAACAGUUGAGGGUCACUGUUUUCCCUGAAAUAAAACACCCACCCCUCA